CGAGGAGCGGGAAGGGAGCGGCAGCAACACCAACACCCUCAAGCACCGGGACAAAUGUCCGUGCGGCGGCGGUGGUAGUGGUGGUCUACUUCUUUAUUCUGAGCUUUUGGGAAAUCAUUGUGGCAUUUAGAACACAAAAUACCCUUAGACCCUGUAUUUUCUGACACUGCUGGAACACUGAGGGAUUUACAGCAGUCACAAUGAGGCGAAGCUCAAGUAUUGCUGGAAGCAGCAGCCGACAAUCUAUGAUGGCACUGAGAGUGGAGGACAGCAACAAGAUGGGUCUUCAAACACCUCAGAUGAAGGACAGAAGCACCCUUGGGAAGCUGAGCAUGAGCAAACCUACAUCUGGAGCUUCAGAAGGAAAAGCCAGCUGUUCUGGGAACAGAGCGAGUGGGGCUGGAGGGUCCCGCAGCAGCCAGCACGGUGUGUUUGGGACAGAAAAGAUAAAGGAUCCCAGGCCCCUUCAUGACAAAACAUUCAUCCAACAAUGUAUCAAGAAGCUUUAUGAGUUCCUCCUUGAGAAUGCUUAUGGGCACAACGUUUCCAUGAAAUCUCUACAAUCUCCAUCAGUUAAGGACUUUUUAAAGAUCUUCACCUUUAUCUAUAGAUUCCUCUGCCCUUCUUAUGAACUGCCUGACUCAAAAUUUGAGGAGGAAAUUCCCAAAGUUUUUAAAGACCUUGGAGUAACGCUACGAAAAGUGAAAACAUCUCUUGAAGGAGACGUCCAGAAAUACCAGGCUUAUUUGGCUAGUCUGGAAUCUCAUGUAGCUGUCCUUGAUCAAAAGCUGGAAAGUGUUAACAGUGAAGUUGAGACAGCAGAAAUGGAGGUAGAAGCAAUGAAGCAGGAGAAUGCCCGGCUCCGGCAUGUCUUAGAUAACCAAAAGUACUCAGCUGUGGACAUUGAGAGAGUAAAUCACGAGAGAAAUGAGCUGCAGCAAACCAUUAACAAGCUGACCAAGGAACUGGAAGCAGAAGAACAUCUGCUGUGGAAUGAAGAGCUAAAAUAUGCUAGGAAUAAAGAGGCGAUUGAUAAGCAACUGGCAGAGUAUCAUAAACUGGCUCGAAAGUUGAAAUUAAUUCCAGUAAGUGCUAAGAAUUCCAAAGGCCACGACUUCGAGAUUCAGUUUAAUCCUGACGAAGGACCAAAUUGCCUACUCAAAUACGGAACUCAGAUCAAGGUUCCCCUCAUGGAGAUCAUCAACGAGACUGAGGAAGAAAUCAUUAAAGCUACUCAACGGAAAAUGACUUUGGAAGAUACUUUGGAACAGGUGAAUAUAGAGCUAGCGGACAAGAAACGCAGUGUGAAAAUGCUGACAGAAGAAGCUGAAAAGCUAGAUGAUCUUUACCAGCAGAAGCUUAAGGAGAUAGAAGAGGAAGAGCAAAAAUGUGCAAAUGUACGGGAAUCAUUAGAAAAGCAUAAACAGUUACUUGAGAGUGGUGUCUAUGACGGUCUCAGUGAAGCCACAAAUGAAUUGCAUGAUCUCCAACGACAAUAUCAAGUUGUUCUGCAAACAACAACAGAAGAGAAGAGAAAAAUUGGUGCUAACUUGAAUCAUCUUAUAGAAACAGUUGCUACUCAUAUAGCAUCUAUAGUGAAAUACCUUGAUGAACAGAAUGUGAAAAUUCACAGAGACUAUGAAGAAUUCAUGUCUGAAGAUCUAUUGUCAAACUUGACCAGCAUCCUAGACAGCUAUAAAAAGAAGGCUGAAAGUCUCUAAUCACUAGAAGGAUGGAGAUAAAAAUGUUGCAUUUCUGAAGCUCUUGUAUGGUGCCUUCUAAAAGGAUGGAUACUACCUGUAUUUAGCACUGAAACUGGUUUUAAGUGGAAGGAAGUAGUUACGAACGUUUUUUUGUUGACACAAAUACAUGAAAGAAAUAAAAAACAUAUUUGCAUUUUCUGAAGAAAUGCUUUGCUCAGACUUUGUACUUGCAAUAGCACAUGUAUACAUGAUGGGCACGUGCAUGACAGACAGUUCACAUCCUUCUCCAAGCUUCAUUUUACGAACAAGACCAAAUGUAAAAUGUCUGUCUCCUGCUUGUUCAGUUCCCUAUGAAACUGCACAGAGACACCUCUUACAUGAGUAAAAAAUCAAAACCUCUUUGGAGAAGAUGAUUAUUCCUUAUCUAGUAGUCUUGUAAAUAGUCUAGAAAAAGAAACAGUGCCGUGGCACUGUCGAUGACAGGGGUGCCGCGACUACCCUGAAGAAGCCGUCCUGAAAAGGACUGCCCAGGGGCACAGGCACGUCCUCUGCCCGGCGAGUGGUCUCAGCUCAGCGGCAGCGUGCAGGCGACGCAGAGAGGGUGACUAGAGAGCUGUAUGGCAUUCCACUGAGAAACAGCCUUUAUUAUAGCAGGGCCCUCAGUGAAGGGAGCCAGUGACAGCAGCUCCUCGAACAGGGGAAAAAAAAACUGGGGUAUUUAUAGGGAAGGAGAGGGGCGGGGGAAACUGGGAUACAUGUAGCAGGGUGGAGUGGCAGGGGAGAACACCAAUGGGGUGCAAGAGUUUAACAACUAACUCAAAGACCUCUGGGAGUGACACUUUUCUCUCUCUGAGACAAAAGUGCCUUGCCUAGGGAGAAUCCUUCCAAGCGAGAGCCGGGCUCUCCGGGUUGGCCGGUUCUUUGGCCUCCACAACAUAGCAGUUUGAAAACCAAGUCUUGUCUUUAGCUCCUCAUACUUCCAGAUGAAACUUCAUUGAACUUCUUGAAUAUGUGUACCAGAGAAAGUUCUAAGUAGGACAUCAUAUGAAUUCUUGGUGUUUAUCUAAUCAUUUAGAUUUGGUUCAUGUUCAAUACAUCAAAAUGGUCUAAAAUGUCUGUAUUCUUCUUGUUAGGCCAGUUGGACAGACUCUAUUUGACUUUUCUUCCUCAAGAAAGUAACAGUGAAAUCAGCGUAUGGGCAGCUUUGGUCUAAAACAGUUUGAAGAAAGCGGAUCGAUGCUACGUGAAAAUAGUAUCUUUUUAUCUAUUCUGUGUAUAAUUUUGUGUUUAAAAAAAAAUAAAUAAAACCCAGCAUUCAUAUCUUGGAUAGUUUAUGAUGGUAUUUCCUAAUGAAAGCAUUGAAGUAUUUGAGAGUUGUCUCUAGAGGUCAGACAUUCAAAUAUACAAAGAUAAAAACAAUUUUGCAGCUGCUAAAAGGCUUUUAGCAGCUGAUAGGUAAAGGAAGCUGCUCCUUAAUUCUACAAUAUUUGAAUGAAACACUGAUCCUUAGGAUAUACAACAAAACUUGAGUUAGACCAUCUAAACACGGACUGCAAAUACGAACUGAAUUGUCUAAUUCUAGGCUAUUUCUGCAGAAUGAGUUUAAAACUCAGUUGUCCUUAACAUAGUGCAUGAAUUUUCUGGCCCUAGUAUGAUUAUUUUGUUUCAGAUAUGAUAAUGAUGACAUGAUUUAAGCUUCUAAUUUUCUGUUCCUCUUAUACUCCAGAACUUUAAUUUGACAGCUAGAAAAAUCUUCUGACAGGUGGGAAGUUCUUCUACUUUCUUUUGUUGUCCUCUUUUCUGUUACCUUUACAGACUCUUUGUUUUCUGUAACAAACUGCAUCCCACUUCCUUGUCUUUAGAAGUUUUUUCCUUUUGUGAACUCUAAAAAUUUGUUAUCUAAAGCAAUGUAGUAAUCUAAUGUAGCAAAACUAUGAGUCAUAUAUGAGAGCCACAUUCCUUUAAAGAAUGUGCUUAUUUAGGGGCAGUGCUCUCUGACUCCCCUGUACCUCUUUGUCUCUGCUUCUAUACUGAUCUUGUGUUUCGUAGCAUCUGUAGGUUCCUUGUUGUAUGCAGUAGUCAGUUGAUUCAAUGAAAGCAAAUAAGGGGCAUUUCCAAGGACUUUAU